AGACAAAAAUCUCCAUUACGUGCCUUAGCUACCGAAACUCAUUCCUACUCAUUGCUACCAAUAAGUGAAAUAAAGGCAACAGGGGCGACAGCAGUUGAUGCCAAUGACCAAAAGAUGGCAGCACCUGAUGACCAUAAAGAUAAGCUUAUAAAACAGGAAGAUCAUGAAGGCUACACCAACCCGGUGUCUGAAGAGCCUGCUGAGGACAGAAGUAUGGAUAAGAAAGCUUCGGAGGGCGCAGAGGUCGACGCCAUGUUGGAGGUCAGUGACAUGGGCACACAGACAUUUCUGUGUCGCAGGACGGGAGUGGACAUGGCAGAAGUGACAGUGAAGCUGAAACAGCAUGGGAACCAAGAAGGCCAAGGUGAAGAAGAAGACAUUGACCUGUCACCAGAAGUAAAACUAGGUGACCUUGACCCUACGACCCAGACCAGUGAAGAUGGAUUGCAACCACCUGGGGACUCUCCUCAGCGCGUUAGACGCUUGAGCAGUCAACCAAAGCCAGGGGUCGAUCACUGCGCAGCUGAGACCCAGACAGAGGCAAGAAUAUUCUGCCGCUGGUACAUGUGUCCCCCGGGGUAUGAGACACCCGAUUUGGACCUCCCGCCUUUGGUGCCUGCAGUGAACAUCAUCGAUGAAAAUGGAAUUUCUACCAGUCCCGUUGAAGAGCCAGCUUCCCCGACAACACAGCCAUCCUAUUGCUGCCUCCGAAGCAAGAAGAGUGCACCAUUUCCCAAAGAUCCCACCAGCCACUAUGGUGACAGUGUACAGGAACGCUCAGCAAAUGUUAUCUCUCGCGACAUGAUCGUGGAGUUUCCAAAAUCGGCACCAGCCAGUGGAACAACAACACCUAAUGGUCAUUUGUCUCGGACUCAUUCACUGGAUAGCUGUAUGCGAAGAAGAAUCCGUCUGAAGGAAGUGGCGCCAUCUCAUGUUAGUCUCUCUGAUGCACUGGAGCAUAUUUCUGGCCACUGUGUGCAGAUUUUGUGUACAAAUGUGGGUGUAGGUCGGUACAGCAAACAGCUGACUGCUGAAAACUAUUGUAGCAGUCCUAUGGGAAUAAG